GCCUCGGUCCCGAUUCUCGCCUUGCCCACCAGCAGCCCACCACCUCCUGCAACCGUGCAGAAGGCCUCGGUCCCGAUUCUCGCCUUGCCCACCAGCAGCCCACCACCUCCAUGUCCACCAAGCCACCCCACGCGGCCUGCAACCGUGCAGAAGGCCUCGGUCCCGAUUCUCGCCUUGGCCACCAGCAGCCCACCACCAGUGGCUACACGGCCCCUAGCGAUGGCGCCAAUGGCUCGUUGUCGCCACCCCACGCGGCCUGCAACCGUGCAGAAGGCCUCGGUCCCGAUUCUCGCCUUGCCCACCAGCAGCCCACCACCAGUGGCUACACGGCCCCUAGCGAUGGCGCCAAUGGCUCGUUGUCGGUCAAUUAGUGCGCAAAUGCCUGCAACCGUGCAGAAGGCCUCGGUCCCGAUUCUCGCCUUGCCCACCAGCAGCCCACCACCAGUGGCUACACGGCCUCUAGCGAUGGCGCCAAUGGCUCGUUGGUGCCUCCCCACGCAGCCUGCAACCGUGCAGAAGGCCUCGGUCCCGAUUCUCGCCUUGGCCACCAGCAGCCCACCACCAGUGGCUACACGGCCUCUAGCGAUGGCGCCAAUGGCUCGUUGGUGGUAA